AUGGAUGAGACUGUGAAGCCUCUGAGGAUUCCCCCCAAGAUGUCGGUUUAUGCUGACAAACACGGCAUCUUCCACCUUGUACAGAGCAUGGUAUCCAGUCUGGUAAUUGAUCGACCCGAUGAUCCGAUCUCCUACCUGAUUGGUUUUCUGCAGAGGAGCAGUGUGGACAUUCCCAGGAUUGUGCUGCUUGGUCCCCCGGCUGUUGGGAAACACACUGUGGCUAAGAAGCUGAGCACUGAACUGGGAGCUGUUCAUGUGACCAUGCAGAGUCUACUGCAGGACCAAUCAGAGCUGGCUGAACAGACACACCAAUACACACUCACACAGCAGGAGAUUCCUGCAGAGAUGCUGGUCCAAAUGGUCAAGCAGAGACUGAACAAGGUGGACUGCUUCAACGGGGGCUGGGUGUUGGAGGGAAUCCCUAAGACUCGUCUACAGGCGCUGAGUCUUCAGGAGGUCGGGGUCAUCCCUGAACACGUUGUGAUGCUUAAUGCUUCUGAUGAUGUUUUGCGGGAGAGAAGGAAGGGAAAACUGGUGGACCCCCUGACUGGAGACGUGUACCACCAGACCUUCAUCUGGAAGGUUGAUGAUGACGUUGCUCAGCGUCUGGAGAAGCAGCAGGACCGGUCAGAGAAACAGCACCAAGCUGAGCUGCAGCAUUUCCGCUGCGAGGUCACAGGUCUCAUGACAGCCUAUCAACAUGUCCUGAAGAUCCUCAACAGUGACCAACCAUAUGACGACGUCUACCAAGAAGCAAUGGCUUUCAUCCAUACUCACCGUCGCUCCAGAACUCCCAGAAUUCUCCUGCUGGGUCCACCUGGAUCAGGGAAGAGUCACCAGGCCAAACUGCUGUCCCAAAAAUACAAGCUGGUGGACAUCUGUUGUGGUCAGCUGUUGAGGUCUAUAGCAGCCGAUGAUUCAAGUCUGGGAGAGAAGAUCCAACCAUACUUGGGUAACGGACAACCAGUUCCAAACACCCUUGUGCUACAGGUCCUGGAACAUCGGCUGAGCCGAGUGGACUGCAGCUGCAGAGGCUGGGUGUUGCAUGGGUUCCCUCGAGACCUGGAACAAGCCAGGAUGCUGCAGGAGUCCCAGCAGCCGCCCAACAGAGUUUUCAUCUUGGAGCUGACGGAUGAAGUUUGUCUGGAGAGACUGAGUCAAAGAGCGACAGACCCAGUGAGCGGGGAGAGGUUUCACACUGUGACUCGACCUGCUCCAAGCGCUGAGGUCCAGGGCCGACUAAAGACCAGACCAGAAGACAGUGUACAGAGUGUGGCGCACGCUCUGAAUCAGUACAGGACACACAAUGACGAUCUGCAGCCUGUUUAUCCAGAUGGACAUCACAUCGAUGCUGAUCAGGAUCCACAGUCUGUGUUUGAGGCUCUGGAGAGCAGACUGAAUACUCUCUAA